CCCCGCCCGCUGACGUCACGCCGCGGUGAAGAUGGCGGCGGGCCCGGGUCGGGAGCUGUGAGUGCCCCGGGCCCGCCAACAUGAGCUGCUCGGCGGACGCCGUGAAGGACAAGCUGCUGUGGAACGUGAAGAAGGAGGUAAAGCAGAUCAUGGAAGAAGCUGUCACCCGGAAAUUUGUACAUGAAGACAGCAGUCACAUCAUCGCCUUAUGUGGUGUGGUGGAGGCGUGUCUCCUGCACAUGCUGAAGCGCAGGGCUGCUGGCUUCCUGCGCACCGACAAGGUGGCCGCACUCUUCACCAAGGUGGGCAAGACCUGUGCCAUAGCUGGAGACGUGUGCAAGAAGGUGCAGGAGCUGCAGCAGCAGAUAGAGAGCAGGAAAAAUCAGCCAAAUGGGCAGGAACCCCUCAAAAGGCAGGGCUCAACCACAAGCAAAACACCUGUCCUGACACCUCAGGCCAUCAAGCACAUCUGGGUUCGGACAGCCUUGAUUGAGAAGGUGUUGGACAAGAUUGUGCAGUACAUUGUUGAUAACUGCAGUAAAUACUACGAAAAGGAAGCUUUACUGGCAGAUCCUGUUUGUGGCCCAAUACUGGCUUCUCUGCUAGUUGGACCUUGUGCUCUGGAGUACACCAAGCUAAAGACAGCUGACCACUACUGGACAGACCCUUCAGCCGACGAGCUGGUGCAGCGGCACCGGAUCCACGGCACACACGGCCGCCAGGACUCCCCCUCCAAGCGCCCAGCCCUGGGAAUCCGGAAGCGCCAUUCCAGUGGCAGCACGUCAGAAGAUCGCUUUGCUGCUUCGGCGCGGGAGUACGUGGAGUCCCUGCACCAGAAUUCCCGGACACACCUUCUCUACGGCAAAAACAACGUCCUGGUGCAGCCAAAAGAUGACUUGGAGGCAAUUCCUGGGUAUCUUUCCCUUCAUCAAUCAGCUGAUAGUUUGACAUUGAAAUGGACUCCAAACCAGCUGAUGAAUGGAGCCCUUGGAGAUUCGGAACUGGAGAAAAGUGUUUACUGGGACUACGCAUUGAUUGUGCCACUGAGCCAGAUUGUCUGCAUCCACUGCCAUCAGCAACCAGAAAGCAGAUGGACAUUAGUGCUGGUGAGUCAGGAUGGGACUCAGAGGCCUCCACUGCACUUCCCCCAAGGAGGGCACCUCCUCGCCUUCCUGUCCUGUCUGGAAAAUGGGCUCCUACCCCGUGGCCAGCUGGAGCCCCCACUGUGGUCCCAGCAGGGCAAGGGCAAGGUGUUUCCAAAGCUUCGAAAACGGAACAGCAACAAGUCAGUGGACCUGGAGGAGAUGCCAGCUGAGGACACAUCCACAGACUAUGUCUUCAGAAUUAUCUAUCCUGGACACAAGCAUGAUAACAUAACUAUUAACUACCACCACUUAGCUGCCAGCCGCUCUACCUCUGUUGACGAUGAUGAGGAGGAGGAAGAUAAGCUACACGCAAUGCUAUCAAUGAUCUGCUCUCGGAACCUCACAGCUCCUAAUAGGAUGAAAGACACCAGUGAGAUGAUAGAGAUGCAAGGCUUUGGGGCAAACCUGCUGUCAUGGCAGCUGGAGCACUGCAGCCAGGGCUCCUCCUGUGUCUCCUGUUCCAUGGGCAGCUCUCCCUAUGACAUUCCCAGCUGCUGCAACUGCAUCCACGACCGAACUCCACUAAAGAUGUUGUGUGAAAGCAUGAAGAGGCAGAUCAUUUCAAGAGCUUUUUAUGGAUGGCUGGCUCACUGCCGACACCUGUCCACGGUGCGCACGCACCUCUCGGCGCUGGUCAACCACAGCAUCGUGCCCCCCGCCAGCCCCGCCAGCACCGCCGCCGGCCUCACCACGGAGGUGUGGAGCAAGUACCAGAAGGACAAGAAGAACUACAAGGAACUGGAAUUACUAAGAAGAGUUUACUAUGGUGGGGUCCAGCAUGAGAUUCGAAAGGAAGUGUGGCCAUUCUUGUUAGGUCACUACAAAUUUGGCAUGGCCAAGAAGGAGAUGGACCAGGUGGAUGCAGACAUUGCUCUGAGGUACCAGAAGGUGAUGGCUGAGUGGAAGGCCUGUGAGGUCAUUGUGAAGCAGCGAGAGAAGGAGUCACAUUCAGCCACGCUGGCCAAGUUUUCGUCGGGCAGCAGCAUUGACAGCCACGUCCAGCGGCUCAUCCACAGGGACUCCACCAUCAGCAAUGAUGUGUUCAUAUCUGUGGAUGAAACAGACUCAGUGGAGCAGGAGCCCAAGGGCCAGGAGGACCCCACGCUGACAGCAGUGCCAGCCCCCGUGGCCGUGGAGUUCGACUCGCCCGACUCGGGGCUGCCGUCCUCCAGGAACUACUCGGUGGCCUCGGGCAUCCUGUCCAGCAUUGACGACGGGCAGAGCGGCUCCUUCGAGGAUGGGGCUGAGGAAGAAGCCGGACCUGAGGCAGGAAGGACUGAGCCAGGCACACCCCGUGUGCAGAGAGCCAAGCCAGGGGUGCUGCAGUCGCAGGACUCCACCUCAGAGGAGCAGCUGUGUUCCCAGGGGGAUUAUUUAGUGGAUGUCGCCUCUGUCUGCGCUGCAUCCUACACAAUAGAGUUAUUGGACACUGUUGCCUUAAAUUUGCACAGAAUUGAUAAAGAUGUCCAGAGAUGUGACCGGAAUUACUGGUAUUUUACUGCUGAGAACCUGGAGAAGCUCCGAAAUGUCAUGUGCAGCUAUGUCUGGGAGCACCUAGAAGUUGGUUAUGUCCAAGGAAUGUGUGACCUCCUGGCUCCUUUGAUGGUUAUUCUUGACAAUGAUCAGCUGGCCUACAGCUGCUUCAGCCACCUGAUGAAGAGGAUGAGCCAGAACUUCCCCAAUGGAGGUGCUAUGGACAUGCACUUUGCCAACAUGCGCUCCCUUAUCCAGAUUCUGGACUCGGAACUUUUUGAAUUGAUGCACCAGAAUGGAGAUUACACUCAUUUUUACUUCUGCUAUCGCUGGUUCCUGCUUGACUUUAAAAGAGAAUUGUUGUACGAGGAUGUAUUUACAGUGUGGGAAGUUAUUUGGGCAGCAAAGCACAUCUCUUCAGAACAUUUUGUCCUUUUCAUUGCCUUAGCACUUGUGGAAGUUUAUCGAGAGAUUAUCCGUGAUAACAACAUGGACUUCACUGAUAUCAUCAAGUUUUUUAAUGAAAUGGCUGAGCACCACGAUGCUGCGGAGAUCCUGAGGAUAGCCAGAGACCUUGUCUACAAAGUGCAGACACUGAUUGAGAACAAGUGACCAUGGACAGGCUGUCAGCCACUGGAUGGAGCAUUCCUUGCACUGUAAUUCCAAAUGGUGUUUCAAUUGCAUCUUCCAUGUAAUGUAAUAAAUAGUGAGGAGAUGGUAACAGACUUUUAAAACUCAAACUUUCCCUUCACCAGAUGAGAUUGGUGUUUGAUAGUCCUUGUUACACUCACUUUGUAUUUCCAGACAAAACCUUUUUGCAUUCUCUAUUUCCCUCUCUAGAAGACAUCUGUCUACAUCUUUGUGAUGUUGAAAGGGGGGAUUUGACAAACAGCAACAUUUCUAUUUUGACUUACUGCACCUGUAAAGCCUGGAUGCACCUUGUGUGCUCUGCCAGAAGCUGCCAUGGAGGCAAGGUUGCCAGCACUGGACUGGGUCCUUGGAGGAGCACGGUCCUGGACUCACUGUCUUUGCCUUGAACAUGGAAGAGAAUGUGUCUGAGCUCAUGUUGCUAAAACAUUUGGGUUUGUAUUUAGCAGUGACUAAAGCUGAUAAUGUUCCUGCUGGGAGAAUGGCCUUAACCUAAAUGCCACAGGUCAUGGGAGCAGUGAUGGAGCUCAUGAGCUAAAACACCAGUUUGGCCUUGGCUGACUGGCUCACACUGCUCAGUCUUCAUGGCCCACACAGCCUUGCCUUUGUUUUGCUUUGCAAACUGACCCUGUGACCACUGCCAGCUUCCAGACCCUGCUCCGUGUUGCUCAGGUGAGCAGCUCCAGCCCAUGGACAGGACCCUGCUCACACUGGCAGCUCCUGCUCCUUGUGCUGUGCAGAGCCAUGGAUUCACAUCCCAUGGGAAGCAGAUGGCAGCACCCAGCCUCCCCCAGAUCCCUCAUUUCACCCUCCUCCUCCUCCUCCCUGCCCUGCAGAGCUUUCAGGGGCGUGUCUCCAUGAGGUCCCACAAACCAGGAUCUCUGCAAGCAGGAUCAGCCCCUGCCAGGUGAGGGAGCUGGAAUUGCUGGAGGGCUCUGAGUUGCUGCUGCAGCCCCUGCUCAGCUGUGGAGCCCUCAGUGAGCCCCUGGACGGUCUGUGGUGGGGCUGGGGGGAACAGGGCUCCCACCAGCACUGCUGGGCUCUGCUGGGGCUGCUGGCCUCCUCUGCACUGCAUGGGGUAGGACUCUCACCUCUGCUCUACUUGCUCUCCCCAGGUGCCUGUUGCUGCUAAGUGAAAGUGUAUCUCUGGGCCAGACAGAGGGAGGGAGGAUGGAGGUUCUUCUUGCUCAUGGAGUCAACUGCAGAUUCCACAGAUACUUAUGACCCAUGCUCCCGGCACAGAAAGUCCCACAGCCCCUGCUCCCAUCCCUGCUCCAAUCCCUGCUCCCAUCCCUGCUCCCAUCCCUGCUCCCAUCCCUGCUCCAAUCCCUGCUCCAAUCCCUGCUCCAAUCCCUGCUCCCAUCCCUGCUCCCAUCCCUGCUCCCAUCCCUGCUCCCAUCCCUGCUCCAAUCCCUGCUCCAAUCCCUGCUCCCAUCCCUGCUCCCGGCUCUGAGCCCGUCCCCAGUCCCAGCAGUGCCCAACCUCUGCAGCCCCACGGCUGCUCUGCAGUUCCAGAAGUGCUCCAGGUGUGUCUGUCGGUUCACUUGAAAACUCAAAAAGUAUUUUUUAAAAGAAUGAGAAGAGUGAGAAAAACCUGCACCUCCCAGAGCCUGGGGAGUGAUGGAUGUACAGAUAAUACUGCACUAUUUUCCUUUGGUAUGUUGGGAAUGUUCUGUACAGCUGUUUCACACAAACCCAAUCAGUGAACUUUGCUGUAUUUGUUAGAACAUUCUGUCUGAUUGGAUUUUAUCAAUGUUGUGUAUUAUUUAUUUUUGUUGGGAGCAGACUCUUCUCUUUAUUGCUCAAUUAUUUAUGUUUAAAUGUAACUUAUGAAUAAAUAUUUAUCGUCAAGGCAUCCCGUGGAGCUCUUUGGGAGCAAUUUCUCUCCCCACAAGGUGAUUCCAGCAAUGGAACAGGGAUGAGGCUGUCUGGGAGGAUAGGGAAAGAUGUAAUUAAUGUUUCUCUGAUGAGCUGCAUGGGCUGUAGUGCUAAAGGCAAUAAAUAGGUCACCAUUAAGUAGA